CCACAAAGUACGCAAACCUGCUUGUAAGUUAGCAGAGAAAAUGUCAGAGGGGGCUCCGAACAGCGGCUGCGGAGCUGCAACAAUAUUCAGCAGCUCGACGUCCCAGUCAACCAGAAGCUCCAAACUUGAACGCUAUCUAGCACUGAAGCGCAGAUGGAGAACAACGGUUGCAAACGACGAAACGUUCGUGGACAAACAAGACCAUGGCGCUCUACCGACGUUAGGCUCAUCAGUGUACUGCGGUGAAUCCGCCGGGAUGUCGAAAGAUCCUGAGAUUAUUAAUUUGCUCAAUAUGGAUGGCCAGAACGCCACUGAAAAGGAGGGUACAGUGCAACAGGAGCAUUUUGCUGCUUCCCGCAAUGACCAGGUUAUAAGUUCCGUGGAUACCCGGCGACGGCUGUCGUCCGCAAUCAACACACAUGGCAUCACUGGAAUUGUGUGUCAAGACGGAACGUACAGCGGUUCGCCCACCGUACCGCCCUUCGCUUCGGUGAAUCUGACUGUGCAAGAGCCAGAUAUUGCUGCGGACCGGAACAGCAGCUGGUACCAUACAUUGCAACCAUCCGUUUUGGAGCGGCGUGAACAGGGAUGCUCGUAUGAUGCCAUAAAGCAGCACGCCGAUGCUUGCUUUCUGUCUGACGAGAGGCGGGAUAGCAGUCAGCAAGAGAAACCGCCGACGGUCCAUCCUCUUAUUCCUCCCGAGCGGCUGCCAUCUCGCAUGCUAACUACCGAGUAUCAUCUGAAGCGUGCUCAGCAGCACCUUCGAGCAGCCCGAAUCAUCCGCGAACGCCAUCGCCAAGCCAUUAACCGUGUCGAUCCCUUUCCACCACUGUUUAGUCAGCCGCAGACCAUCAUCAACGACCCCCACGCUGACGAUGGAGUGGUUCGGAAGUAUAAGCCAUAUUCUACAUCUCAAGCUGCACCGCAGCUCGAUCUACGCGUUCCUGUUGCACCUCCGCCGCAACUGGUUGUGCCUGCAGAUACGCAGCAGCAAGUGUCUCUAGCAUCGUUUUCUAAACCGCUGUGGUGUGCAAUGUCGGAUGCCGAAACGGCCAUCUACAUUCCUACCUAUGAAGAUAUUUCACCGCCGCCAUCAUUGCAGGCUCUCAAUCCCGAGCCAGCAGCGGGUUCAGUCGUCCUGGACGAGCUGAUGACUGGUUUGCCCGAUGUUAACCUAGACAUUUCUGUAGACGUUUUGAACGCAGAAUUGUUGUGGUUGUCAGAAGAUGACUUGCAGGCGAUAUUUCCACAGUAGUGACGUGUCUCGGUGUGAAUAGUACGUACACCUUGUCAACAUCUUUUUACUUUUGUCACUCGUCCUAUAUUUUACAUUUCUACUUGUACAAACAUUUUGCCCUUAUAAUUGUCUGGCUUAUUUACGUUGGUUGAAGUGGAUUUACGUUUGACCAAUGUUGUUGUUUCUCCGCUGUUGUAGUCAAUGGCUAGCUGGUACUUCUUUAU